AUGCAAUUCCUUCGAAGGGGGGCUUUUGCUGCCUCCCUUUCGAUCAUUGGCUGUGCUGCCGUGAAGAACAGCACCUACGAUUAUAUUGUCGUCGGUGGCGGUCCGUCUGCGGGCAAGGAUGACCUCCUACUCGAGCGAGGUGUCAGUCCUACCGUCAGCACCGGUGCCAACGAAACGAUGAGCUGGAACCAUAUCUUAACUCCCAUCGGUGUACCAGGAUUGUCAGCCGACAUUGCCAACUUUGACCUCUGGAACCAGUACAUUUGCACCGAUACUGGUGGAACAGCAGCCUGUGUUCUGGGAGAUGGUGUGACAGUCAACUACAUGGUUUUUGUUCAUUCCCCGGAACACGAUUUCAACGACAAGUGGCCCAUGGGAUGGGAGUGGGAGGACGUGAAGUCGGCGGCAAAGCGUUUGUAUGAGCGGAAUUCCGGGAUUAUCCAGCCUUCUCCUGAUGGCAAGCGCUACGACCAAGACCUUUACAAGACACUCUCCGGAUUUUUCGACAAGCUGGGCUGGAAGUCUGCGGAUGUGAUUGCGGCUCCAAACGAGAAGUACCAAGACUACAGUUACCCGGCGUGGAAUACCAAGAGCCAGAUGCGGGCCGGACCGGUUCGCACCUAUCUGCCCUUGGCCAAAUACCUUGAUAACUUCACCCUCCGCCUCCAUACCAAGGUCAAUCGCCUCGUCAGGUCCGGUAGCCAGGUUAUGGGUGUUGAAGUAAUUGAUUCGAUCCCUGGACACUCUGGAGUUAUCGGCCUUGCUCCUCAUGGCCGUGUGGUUCUGGCUGCUGGCGCCCUUUCUACUCCCAGGCUGCUCUUCAACUCCGGUAUUGGCCCUAAAGCGCAUAUUGAAACAGCGAAGAAGAGCGGCAUCACUGUUCCCCCGCAGGAGGAGUGGAUCAACCUGCCUGUCGGUGUCGGAAUUAAGGACCACCCUAUCUUUCCAUCAUCCACUGACAUCAGCUUGUACAACCAGAAAAGUGGGCCUCUCACUCAGGGCAAGCGCCGUAUGAUCUUCUUCACCUCCAACAAGAUCAACGUCCUCGGACUGGACGAGAAGGGCAACAUGGUGAUGCAACUGUCCCCGUAUCUUCAGACCGCUGAUGACCGAACAGCUGCGCGGACGUUUAUCGACCAGAUGGUUUUCAAGCUAGAGACAUACAAGAACACUUCUGCUAUCCUGAAUUCGUUGAUCGUUGGUAUCCACUACACGACUUCGGCCAAGAUGGGCAUCGAUGACGGAUGUAAGAACGGUACAUUAGUAGUCGACACCAACACCAAGGUGUACGGCAUAGAAACCUUGUACGUUGUCGACGGUAGUAUUCAUCCUGAUCUUCCGACGGGUAAUAUACAAGCGACCAUCAUGGUUGUUGCUGAGCAGGCGGCAGCUAAGAUUCUUGCUCAGCACUGA